AUGGUUCCAACUACAUUAACUUCAUCCACCUUGAAAGCUAUUGCUUCUGCUUUACCAAGAUACUCCUCUGUUGCAUUGCUAAAUGGUGCCAGGCGUCAAUUUAUCUCUAUCAAACAAACUGAUCAUUGGGCUGAUGUUUACGAAGAAUACAAUGUUGAUUCUAAUUUCAAUUAA